AUGACAAAAAAAAAAGCAUUUACUCCCGCGUUAAAGCUUCUAUUUAUAGUAUUUUUGCCCUGGUGCCUUUCCCUCUCAUUUAAUAAAAGCCUGGAAUCUUGGGUCACUAAGUGGUGGAAUGCUGGGCAAUCCGAAAUUUUUUUGAAUGAUAUUCAAGAAAGGGGAAUUCUAGCAAAAUUCCUAAAAUUAGAGGAACUCCUCGUCUUCGAGGAAAUGAUCGAGGAAUAUUCGGAGACACAUCUACAAAAACUUCGUAUAGGAAUCCAAAAAGAAAUAAUUCAAUUAAUCAAGAUACACAAUGAGGAUGGAAUCCAUACGAUUUUGCACUUCUCAACAAAUAUAAUCUGUUUUUUUCUUCUAAGCGGUUAUUCUAUUUUAGGUAAUCAAGAACUUGUUAUUCUUAACUCUUGGGCCCAGAAAUUCCUAUAUAACUUAAGUGACACAGUCAAAGCUUUUUCGAUUCUUUUAUUAACGGAUUUAUGUAUCGGAUUCCACUCACCCCACGGUUGGGAACUAAUGGUUGGCUCUGUCUACAAACAUUUUGGAUUUGUUCAUAAUGAUGAAAUUAUAUCGGGUCUAGUUUCCACUUUUCCAGUCAUUCUGGAUACUAUUUUUAAAUAUUGGAUUUUUCGUUAUUUAAAUCGCGUAUCCCCUUCGCUUGUAGUUAUUUAUCAUUCAAUGAAUGACUGA